AUGACUCUGCUCACACGCGGUCGACCUACAAGAGGUGGUGGGGUUUUACUCUACUUUAGGAGCAAACCACAUUGCGAGGUGAUUGAAUAUCCUGCUGUGGCUUCUGACUCACUGUGGUGCAAAUUGCGACUGGCGCAACGUGGUAUCGGCUUGUUCGGUUUGGUGUACCGCUCUUCCUCAUCUAUAGACUCAGUCAUUGAGACACUCUUGCAAACCAUGUAUCAAAUUCUGUCACUGAAGUUCACACAUUUUCCCAUUAUGGGUGACUUCAGUGACCCCACCCUAGCCAAAUCAGCGACCUCUCUACAACCGUUUGAGAGGGAACUUGUACAACUUAUGGAAUCCUAUUCACCUAACAAUUUUGUGAAGGAGUUCACGAGGUUUGGAGCCAACCAACCACCUUCGGUUUUGGACCUGGUGUUAGCUAACGAGGAACUGAUGACGGAAACGAUUUCCACUACAACUCCAUUAGGGUGUAUUGAUCUUACUAUGCUGAAGAUUGACUACAUUUGA